AUGAUGCAUCCAUCGCGGCAGGCGUAUGUGGAGGACGCCGAACCGAACCAAGGCAUCGCCUUAGAGGAUCUCCCCGAUGAUCACGACUACGACCUUCACAUGGGAGGGACCGGUGUCGCACCCGAAAAAGCUUCUGCCAUUCUCAACCAGUUCAAUCGAAAGCGACUCGCCGCCACGAUCGCUGUACCAACCGACGAUGGACGAGUUCGCGCGAAGCUCAGAGAGAUGGGGGAACCCAUGACUCUCUUUGGAGAAGGACCUGUCGACCGCCGAGACCGAUUGCGCGAGCUUCUCACGAUCCAGGCCGAGAUGGACGGCUUGGAGAGUGGUGACAUCACCAUGGAGGACGCCGCCGACGAAGCGCAAGAGGAACAGGAGGAAGAAUUCUACUCAAGAGGUGGCCCGGAGCUUCUGAAGGCCCGAAUCAAGCUGGCCGAGUACUCUCUGCCCCGAGCAAAGAAGAGGGUCCAGUUCCAAAAAGCCGAGUCGACUAUACCCCUACGCACACAUGUCAAGUUUCGAAAACAGAUCAAAGAAAGGUUGCAAGCUUUUGAGCUUCAGGGCAGUCAGACAGUUGGAGAACGACACGUCAGUAUGACCAGGAUAUCACCAAACGGAGAGAUGGUUGCUGUGGGCAACUGGGGUGGACAGGUCAAGUUGGUUGAGAUACCGACCUUGACAGAAAAGAUGACCUUCCGCGGUCAUACCAACAAAAUCAGCGGCCUAUCUUGGUUCCCCGGUGCCACUCUUCCAGAAAACAACAUUUCUCCCGACACAGUCAACCUGGCAUCAGGCGGCGCUGAGGGCCUCGUUCAUCUCUGGUCACUGAACCAGGACACGCCCCUGUCAACUCUUCAGGGCCAUUCGCAGCGAGUUUGUCGCAUCGAGUUCCAUCCUUCCGGACGUUAUCUAGCUUCCGCAUCUGAGGAUACUUCGUGGAGGCUUUGGGACGUGGAGACUACGGCCGAGGUCCUCCUCCAGGAGGGUCACUCGAGAGGUGUUUACGCUGUCAGUUUCAACACGGAUGGAUCGUUACUGGCAAGCGCCGGUCUGGACAGCAUUGGAAGAAUCUGGGAUCUGCGAACCGGGCGCACAAUCAUGAUUCUAGAUGGUCAUCUCGAUGGCCACAUCAAACCCAUUCACGCUCUAGACUGGAGCUCCGACGGGCACCGGGUCUUGUCUGGAUCCGCUGAUGGCUGGAUCAAGUGCUGGGAUGUCCGAAAGGUGCAGCGGACUGGUGGAAUUGGUGCGCACACCAGCGCUGUGUCUGAUAUGCGCUGGUACAAGGGCCUUGAUGAUCCGUUGGACGGAAUACCCCCUGGUGUUGAUGACAAGGGUGCCCAGCUCCCCAAGAAGUCAAGUACAUUCUUUGUUUCAAGCGGGUUCGACAAAAAUGUCAAAAUCUUCUCGGCCGAUGACUGGACGCUGGUGCAGACGCUCAGCGGACAUACGGGACCGGUUGCGAGUGUAGAUUACAGCAGAGACGGAAAAUGGAUUGUCAGUGGAGGACAUGACCGCACGGUCAAGCUCUGGGGCCGCAACGACGGUGAGGGCAUCUAA